AUCAAUUAAAAUAAAAUAUUUAUUUAAAACGAUGGAGUACAAAUUUUUAAUAGCCUUUUUAUUCGUUGCGACGUUUAACUUAAAUUUUUCCCAUGGCUAUGAGGAAAAUAAUCGCUUUUGCAUACAUACGGAACCCAUGCUUCUGGCUGAUAUAGAAAAACAUGUAAAUCCGAUAGAAGGUGAUCCGCAUUGUGAGAUCCUAGCAACCACAAUGACUGCUAAGGAAAAGGAAUCGUUCUUCAAUACAAUGUGUAAGGAUCACGGCACCACACACAAGGAUGAUUAUUCCUUCCUCAAAUUAAAAAAUGGAGACUUAUCAAAACGCGGCUCAUAUCACGAAAUAUGCAGCGGAAAAACAAACCCACUUUUAGCUUGGGUACCUUAUGCAAUGAUACAACAAAACUACGCACAAGAGUUGAAUCCUUUAGAGCGAAGAAAUUAUAUUGCCAAAGCUACUGAUGUAGAUCGUGAAAAAACCGAGCUCUGCUACUUCAGACAAUCCGAUCUGGUAACGAAUAUCACAGCAAAUCUAUUUACUUGUGUUGUUAUGAUUUUUGAGGACAAUUUUUAUGGACUGGAUUCUCACAUUAAUGUCCUUGUGGAAAUUCAACCAAUUAUGUAUGAAGUUCGUAAUAUUACCUAUAUGCCCUGGUUCAAUUCCUCGCCAAGCUAUAAGACAAUGCUAGGUAAAACUACAUUAAAGAAUCCUAGUCGGGAAACUAAGCAAAUAUAUGGAAGUAUAAGCUAUGCUUAUGUGGAAAAAAUAACAGUGAAUGUCAGCACAAUAUAUGGUGAUAAAUUAGAACCUUUGCCGAUUUUAUAUGAACAUAAGAACGCUGUUUUGGAAUUGGAUGGAGCUGGUAAUGGUGGCUUAAAUAUUAAAGAUAAAUCAUUCUUUGGUCGUACCAUGGAUCCAAAAUCCAGUGUUAAAGUAGAUGUAACUGGACAGUGGGCAGAGCAUCAACGACAGUUCACAGCUGAUAUUUAUGAAUACUUUGGUUAUAACAUUAAACGGUUCUAUGACGAUAUAACACAUGGCAAAGCCAAUUUUGUCAAAAUAGAGAGCACAGAACCAGUUUUUGAAACAAUUGAGUCGAGUAAUAUGGCCAGCAUUACAGUGCACAAUGAACAGAAUGAAAAAAAACCAGCGAAAACGUCAGAACGUCUUACAGAACAGCAUCAGCAUAAACACUCUGAAGUAGAAUCUUUAACAGAUGUACCAACAGGAAGUGGACAUCCCUAUCCUGGAUUUUAUCCCUAUGCUGUCGCCGGUGCAAUAAUUAUUGGCGCGGUGUUGUUGGUUUCAGUCAUUAACAUGAUACGCAUUUGCAGCAAAGAAGCAGAAAAUAAAAAAUAUAAGCUGGCAAGAACAUAGUAUUUGUGCAUUUGU